UCCGUAUAUAAUGAAAAAGAAGGGGUCAAUCCUAUGGUUUAUCUGUCAAUCCUCUGCUCAUUUUUUAUUCGUAUGUAGCUAACAAACAAAAUAAGUUGUCAACAUCUUUCUUACAAAUCAAAUGAGACAUCCAUUUAAUUUUACAACUCUAUCGUGGAAAUACUUACAAGGAAAAUAUGUUUAGUAAAAUUGGAUUUAUAGGAGCCGGUCAAAUGGCGAAAGCCAUUGGUUUGUCAAUGGUUCGAAAAGGGGUCGUAAAACCAUCGGAAGUAUUUGUUAGCUGUCCAGAAGAGCAAUAUCUGGAAGCCUGGAAGGAGGUGGGUUGUCGAACAACCAUUCACAAUGGCAACAACAAUUUAGGCGAAGUUGUAGACGACUCGGAUACGAUUAUAUGGGCCGUGAAACCUCAAAUAUUUAAUACUGCCCUUCAGAGUACGGAAUAUAAUGUGGACAAUACAUCAAAAUUCCAUGUUUCAAUUAUGGCCGGAAUUCCACUCCUCGAUUUUACAAAAUUGCUACAGCUCAAAUUCAAAAGCUCUAAAAUUUCUACAGCCAGGGCAAUGCCAAAUAUUGCAAUGAAAGUAGAUUGUGGAUGUUCAGUUUAUACUAUGGAUGAAGCUACAUCGUCAGAGAAUAAAGAACUGCUUUCUAAGCUACUCGGUUCCGUUGGACUCUGUUUUGAAGUUCCGGAACACCAAAUCAACGCCUAUUGUGGUCUGUUUAGCUCCGGAAUUGGAUUCAUGUUUCCCAUUCUUGAAGGAUUGUCUGAUGGCGCAGUGAAUAUGGGAAUUCCUCGAGACCUCAGUUUACAGAUUGCAGCUCAAACCAUGAAAGGGGCUGCACAGCUAAUUUUAGGCGAGGGUAAUAGCCACCCAGGUGCGUUGAAGGACUCCGUGUGUUCGCCAGGGGGUACGACAAUUCGAGGAAUUGCUCAAUUAGAAUUUCACUCUGUGAGAUAUGCACUCAUGAAAGCAGUCGAAGCAGCAACGACGCGAGGAGAAGAGUUGGGGAUGAAAUCCAAAAAAUAACUUCAAAUUUUAGUAAUAUGCUUGUGACGAGCUACAUAUUAUGAAAAUCUACGAUGUGCUAUUUUAUCACUUUCACUCACAAUUUAAACCAAAUUCGAUGUAGUAAAUCAUGUAAUUUAUUAUUGUUCUUUCCAUGUUCAUGUAGUAAAUCAUGUAUGUACAUAUGUAUAUAGCCGAUAUCAUAGACCGAAUCUUCAAACAAAGACUCGCUAGAUCCUGUAUAUUACGCUCUCUAUUUGGCUCAUAAGAGUACUAGCCAAUGGGAAAGUUUCCUGCGAGGUUUGAUAUUUUACAAACAAGAUCUUGACUAUACAAAUAUUGCCAAAUUCUAAAGAGAAGCAAUUUUAUACUUAAAAAGUUGCAAAUAACUUAAAAUGUUGACUUACUCUACGUUCAAUAAAAAAUGUGACACUUGUA